AAGGCUUUUGACUGGCCUAUUGAAGGACUACUGAUUCCAAACAGCCCUCCUUUAAAGAUACCUGUUGGCAAGAAUUCAGACAGCUACAUACCUUUGAAACUAAGAGUUUUGAGAAAUGGAGACCCAGAAAAAAACAAGGCCAUCUCUGUCCUUGGACCUGAUUUCACAACUGCAAUGAAGAAACAAAAUACUGACCCGGAAAAGAAGUGGAAAGGAAAGAAAGUCCCCAAGAGUGAUUCAGAUUCAGAAGUGGAAAUAUGCAGAACAGAAUUUCAGCACUUUCUGGAGCGGUGUGCCAUUGUGCUGAAGUUGCCCUUUGCUGCAAGAAGACUAUUCUCUGAGGUGGGAAUGGAAAUUUUUCUUUUGAAAGGCUUGGAGAGAGAUCAGCUGGUAUAUGUUUCAUGUGGAGAGCAAUGGAUUGAUCCUCAGUGGACUGUGGCUCAGAAUAAAAAACGUCUCCAACUUUGUAAUUUAGCCUCAGAUAUAGCUGCUAUUCGUGCCUAUUGUGCCAUGAGGAACACCAAAAAUCUUGUUUUGGAAGUAAAGAAAGACAUUGCUGUUGGAGCCAAACUUUCUGUUGAAAGAGCUAUGGUGAAACUUGAAGGAAAAAAUGCUUUUCAGGAAGAAGGAAAAAAAGCUGAAGAAAGCAUUGAGAAAGUAGAAGAUGCCACAGAUAAGUAUCUGAAUUCACAUGCAAAAUCUCAUCUUAAAGCAGAUGCAUGUUAUAAAUCUACCAAAUAUAUCUGGCAGCAUAUUUCCUGUGAUUUUGAUGAGGACUGCAGCUCUCAGAAAGAGAAAGAGGAGCAGCUCUUUGAAGAUGCAGAAUUACAUAAAUGCAGCCAUCAGCCUAAACUGACUGGAGAAUUACAAAAAAAUUAUCACCAACAGUUUGAGUUAAGGAAUGGGAAAAUUAUCAACAGUCAAUUUCCAAAUCUUCUGUUGGGUGUUGAGAAUUCAGAUAUGCAUUCUGGCACUGAGGUGGUUCUGAUGGAAAAGAAGUGUGAUGCUAUUAAUCAGCACUGGAUAUGGAGGGAGAAUAGCAGGACAUUUCAUCUUGCAAGUGACCCAGAUCUAGUGCUAGCAGUAUCAAUGCCCAACAUACUAAGCAGCUAUCCAAAGCGUCCACUGGAAAUGCAAGGGUGUUCGGUUGUUCUUCAGAAGUACAAAGAAUUUAAAAAUGGUGCUGCCAAUCAGAAGUGGAAUUACACAGAAACUACAAAGGUUUUGAAUGCCUUCCACAGCACAAUAUUGGACCAAGAAAUUACAGCAGCAAAUUGUUCUUUUAUUUGCACAUUUUCUGUAGCCAACACAGAGAAGAUAGACCAACCAGGCUACUAUUUCCUUUCACCAAAUGGAAGGCAAAAGAUAAUGAUAUGUUUGGCUUGUGCAAGGACUCUGAGAGGAAAGAAGGAACUGAAAAAGUUACUUCCUGGUACUGUGUUUUUCUGUGCCUCUGGUUCAGAGGGAGGAAGACAUUUAUCCCUGUGGCCCUAUAAGUGCCUUGAUGUUACCAAGACUGACUUAUCUACCUCUGAAGCUGAAGCUACCUUGCAUUAUUUAGAAGAAUUUCUAGCAUCUCUGAAGACAGAAACCUCUUUGCAGAUCAUCUCAGAAAAGAUAUCUGCAGCUGUAAGCCAGAAAGCUGUUAAAAUAAUGGCAUACAGAAAUGGAGCUGGUUACCGAAAUGGGCAGCUGAUCAUUGCUAAUACAUUUCCUAUGCUACUUUCUUUAUGUACAAAACAGCUGGAACUUAAUAGGAUGGCUUGUAGACUAUACACAAGUGAAGGGACCUUAAUACUUACACUGCAAGAUUUAGUCUUGUGUGCUGUAAAUGAUUAUUUAAGAAAGCAGAAGUCAGAAGAAGAUACUCAAGCAGCAACUUUUGUUCCUGGGUCUCAUGAAAAUACAUCUGUAUUUUCUGUUAAAGAUAAGGAGGCAGAGGAGGAAAUGAAUGUCAAGUCUGCAUCACCUGUGAUGACUCCGGAGAGUCUGAAGUUGAUUGAUGAUUUUUUGCUCACCAUCAUUCUUAGAAAUCCGGUUGAGGUCUGGGUUUCCAGUGGUGAACCGUUCAUGCCUUUGGAUACUGUGCAAAAAGCAGAGAAGAAGGAACGGCAAAAGUGGUUGGAAAAAGAUAAAGUUUUGGCCGACCUAGAUAAAAUGAAACAUAAAAUGAGACAACUGCAAGGGCGACGUAUAACAAAAUCAAGUCCACCUAGUUUAAUUCCCACUAAGAGCCCCUUCCAGCCUAUAGUAGUGGAAGGCGGCUGGACUGAAGAAACAGAAGAAGAGAUGAAACUCAUGGAAAUGAUAAAACACACAGAGAUGCACCUUUCAGAACUUCAGACAUCACAGUUGAAAAGAAGCUCUCCAGUUUCUCCUAAUCUACUUGUGAAAAGUCACAGAGGCGUCUACAAGCAGCCCAAAGCCAAAAGAAUUUGGGCUUAUGUGAAUGGAUCUGCACCUGAACAGGGAACUCAUGCCUGGGGGAAAACAAUUUUGGAGCUACUUGACAGCUGUACAAUUCAGUUGAAAAUGCCACUGCCUGCAAAGACACUGUACACACCUGUUGGUGAGAGACUACAAUCAUGGGAUGAAAUAGAAAGAGAGAUGGUUGUGUGUGUUUCUACAGGGCCUCCAUUUAUGAAUAGAAAAGCCAUGAAGCAUGAAGUGGAAGUUAGAGCACAUUAUGCCAGAAUUCGGAAACAGGAGGGUCCAGAAUCUACUGACAUUAUUGUCUCCCCAUCACAAAACAUUAUACAGAAGGUCAACAUGAAUAGCAAUCUUUUGGCACUUACCUAUGGACCCCAUCGAGAUCUUAGUGAAUAAUUUUCUGCUAUACCAGUCCCUACAAGCUGGAAAAGCUGUGCUGUGCCCAGAUCCCAACGUAUUAAGCAGCUUUCAAAAGCAUAUCAAUCUCCAUGUACCUUUAUCACAAUAUUAUUGUGCACACUGCCUGGAGACAGCCAAUGAGAAAUGGUGAUAGGUCUUUGGAGAUAACUGCACACACUUUGCUAUUAAUGUUAAAUAACAGCAAAAAAGGCAGGAUGUGAAGUAUCUAGGCCUCUGGUUUUAAUUUCUCACCUUUCGUUCUGUGAUCCUAUAUCUUAUUUCACAUAAUUGUAUACUGUAUACAUUCAGUAAUGAGACAAUGAAUCUCAUUGUCUGUCUCUCUGCGUCUCUGCCUGAAUGUUAUUGUAUGUCACAAUCGGCUGAAAUGAGUAUAAAGUACAUCUGAGUAUUUUUCCUCUGCUAUCUCCUCCCAGAUUUUUUUUAUGAAGCUUGCAUUAAUAAAUUAACACUUUUGUCCAAGAUUUCAGCAUUUGGGACAUGCUAUUUCAAUAUCCUGCUUGUACUAUGCUUUUGUUUAUGAUUUAAUUAUCAUAAACAUAGAGAGGGAUAUUAAAUUUCAAGAGGAAAAUGCUUGCCAAAACUCUCACUUCUGGGAGUCUCUGAGGUUCAUCUGCAUAGUGAAAGGCGCAUCUGUCUCAGAAACAUCUGCUUCUGAAUGUCUCUGUGUCAUAUUAAGCAUUGGCCAGAAUCCUAUUGCCAAUUUAUGUUUGAGAAAGAGAAAAUGUGUAAUCUUUGACCGCAAAUUGCUGCUCGUUAACAAGGUGCUUAUUAAGGAACCGACAAUUUGCUACAAAGACUUACGUUGAAUUCCCUUAUACAAGGAUAUUGGUCAUUCAGCAGCAUGAUUCUUUUACAAUGAUCUGACACAUAUGGGGGCCCUGUAUGGAAAUGAAGUUUCUCAUCAUGCUUUGUAGUCCUAGUUCCCUGCAGGGCAAGCACAAGCCAUGAUACAAUGCAUUCAAGAACACAUGGUGUGAAGCAAAUCUCUUCCCGUUCCUGAGAUGGAUCUUUGUUCAAAGUGCCAUCUGAUCACAACUGCAAAGGACCCAAGGCUCUGCCCUGGACUGACAAACCCAGCAGUCUGUGCAAGAACCUGCCUAAAAUCCCCCCCCCCACUGUCCCCACUUGGAAUUCCAGAGAAUGGAAGAUCUCUGGGCAAUUCUGAACCAAACAGACUUAACCGCAGAACUAUCUUUCCAUUCUCUGCCAGUGAGUAUCACUUGUAUCCUGAAUCCAAGGACCAACUUUGUAUCAACCUGAUGAAUUUCAUCUAUUCCCCUGUACUCAAGUAAGGUAUUUACAUUCAAACAGAGCUCUCAGAGCAUCCAUUCAAAAUGUAUCAUAAUAAUUGUAUGAUUCUGCUUGUUUCCUGAAUGGAGAAUGAAAGAAAAUUGCUUCACAAUUUUUAUAAAUUUUAUGUAUGCCUCUACAGGCGCCAGGCUUUUUCUAACCAAUAACAUCUCUCUUAAUUAAGUGGUGAAACCAAGAACAUUCCUGUCCAUAAUGUCUGAACUUCACUCAUGCUUUUUAAGCAAUAUCUCAGAAAAACUGUAAGCACCUACUAUAACCAUUUAGUGUUUGGGGAGGUGGCACUGGUUUGCAGGCUGUUCUGCACCAUAUAUUUGGGAAAUAGUAAGUGUCAGUCCAAUUUUACAGUGGGUGUUUGGAAAUAGCUACCCACUUUUAUUCUUCUGUAAAUUUUUAUUUCUUAUAGCUAGAGAUGGUGUCAUAAAGGGGAAAUCUGAAAUAUUAGUUCACAGCGAGACCCAUGAGGGUUCCAGAAUUAACCUGUUUGCUGCUCAGUAAAAUGUUGUGAGAAAUGUAGCUGCUGAAAUAGCACUAGACACAGCUACAUUUUCAUUUAAUCUUAUUGACCAUUGAGUUUCUUACAUUCAUAGAUUUCCCAGAAUACAGAAAGAAUCUUCCCCAAGUAGUCUAUUUCAAUUACGUUUACAUUCUUUUUGCACUUAACCACUGGGGCAGCUUGCAGCAUUUAACAUGACUUCUGUUUUUAAAAAAGUACCAGAACAACACAAGACUUCCCGGUAUGUUACACGCUGUCAUUAAAGAUCACUAAACUUUU